AUGAAGAGGAAGAAGAGCUAUAAUGAUCCUCCCUCUGGUCCCUCAUUGAAGAAGAAAUGUGAUCGCAAGUUUAAGUCCCUUGUUAGGAAGGUGAGUUUUGAAGUAACCCCAGAUUUAGUUUCAAAAAUAUUGGGAGUUCGCCGACCCUUCGCUCAUAACAAUACACUUACUUAUCCAUUCAAUAAUUCUAAGUACAUACCUAAGUUGGAGGAUGUUUAUACAGAAAUGGAGGGUAUACCUAACAAUUUUAGUGAGAGUGUUGCCGAUCCAUUAUUUUUUCAGCAACACCUGACUCUCAAAUAUAUGAUGUUAAACCUUAUAGUGGGGUAUAAUAUUCGUCCAAUCGGACAUAAUGCUGAUUUUGGACUUGAUCAAGUUCAUCUCUUGUAUGCCAUUGGAACGAGUAUGUGGAUAGAUAUACCUUGUUUAAUAAUUGAUGAAUUUAUUUCGGUACACAGUAGGAAGGAUAGGCGAAAAUGUCUCCCAUUUCUAAUUUUGAUUUCAAAGAUUAUAGAGGAUUGUGGAGUUGUAAUUCACUCAAGCGACGCUUAUUCCACUCCCAUGAAUCCAAUUUAUGGUGGGACAACAAAAAAGAGUUUGGGGAAAGGAAAGAAUAAGAAAACUCAGCCACAGCAGAGUUUGGGGAAAGGGAAGAAUAAGAAAACUCGGCCACAAGUUGAAAUUCAGAAUGACGUUGCACCUGAGGAUAAUAUUGCAGCCCAAGAAGUCCCAAAUUCUUCCACAGGUGGUCUUCCUCCAUUGGAUGAUCGAUUUUCUUUAUUUGGAGCUUUGCUGGCACGAAUGGGCAGAAAGAUGGAGGAAUUUGAAAAUACUCAAAAUGAAAUAAAAGAGUCUCUCAAGGUGAUUGAUAGUAGGUUGGAUAGAAUUGAUAAUAGGGAGGCAAAUGGUAUUGCUGAUUUCUUAGCUUCGUAUGUUGUUCAAACUGAGAUAUCUACUAAGUUUUCUGUCAAUAGAGUACUACCGGUAGCUAGAAGAAUGCUAUUACACCAGGACCAGUCAAGUUUGCCUAAGGCAAGGAUCAGGCAGAAUGUGAUUGCUGAGCAGAUGAAAAUUGGAAUGGAUUGGUAUGCUAGGAUGAAGAUGGCAGAAUGGAGUCGGUGCUUUGCUAUAGUUUGCUCUAUGUACUGGUGCAGUUUACUGAGUAGCUAA